ACAACUGCCUGUAAUAAAAUCGACUUAUAAAAUGAUCCUCUAUACGUUACUGUUCACAGUGAUAAUUCAAAGUGACUAAUGAAGUUCGGAGAAAAAUGAACGAAAGUUUUAUUAGUUCAAAUUAUGGAUUUGUACAUUAUUGUGAUUAUGGGAUGUGAUUAAUUAGUAAAAAUUCUGAUGGUGUUGGGCGAUGGUAGCGCGCGGCCAGCGCUGCAGGCGGCGCUGGCGUGCCUGCUGGUCAGUUCACUUACCCCGGAGCGACUGGAACCGUGCACUGGCAGCCCGCUCUGCUCCUGCCGCAUAGCACACAUGUCCUGCACUGCUGUGCCACUGCAUCGAUUUCCAGACUGGCCACGAAUAGAACUGCAUCAUCUGGAUAUAAGCAUGUCCAAUCUAGAAGUAAUAUCGGAAAGUGCUUUGGACGGACUCGAACUACAAACUCUAGUUUUAGUCGCAAACAGGUUGCAUUACAUCGAAUCUCAUGCAUUUAGUUCCAUGUCAAACAGUCUUGCCUCCUUAGAUCUCGGUUACAACGAAUUCUCAGAAGUUCCUGAGCAAGGACUGAAAGAUCUUAAAGUACUAAACUGGUUAAAUUUGCAAAAUAACUACAUUACAGAGCUGAGACCUGAUAUAAGAUGGCAUCACUUAGAAAAUACACUGACGAGUUUAACUCUAAGUAAUAAUCAAAUAACAGAAUUGAAAGCUCAAGCGCUUACUUCUUUGAGCCACCUACUACAGCUGGAUUUAGAUGGAAAUUAUCUUCGCAGUAUCGACUCUGAUUCCUUACCAAACUCUAUAACAGUCCUAAAAAUCUCAAAUAAUUUUCUACAUGAACUUUCGUGUGAUUUACUAUUCAAUCUUCCUAGAUUACAAAUGUUACACAUGCGACACAAUUGGAUUACGUUUGACAUGAACUCCACUAAUUUAAAUAACAAAACUAAGAAAUUAGAAAAAUUAGAUUUAAGUAACAAUAAUAUUAACGAUACGUCAGAAAUAUUUAUAUUUCGUGAAAUCCAGAUUAGGCAAAUUAUCUUAGAUCUCAAUGAGUUAACUGUAGUCCCCAGAUUAUUAUUUACAAAUAAUCGAAUAGAGAGAUUAUCUAUAUCGUAUAAUAAACUAAGUUCGAUUUAUCGAGAUGUUUUUCUAUCGCUAAAGAACUCUCUCGAACAUUUAGAAGUGGAGCACAACAGAUUGUCUCAUUUGCCGGACAGUUUGGCUCAAGUUGCGCGACUCAGACAUUUAUCUCUAGCUUACAAUCAAUUGGAAGAGUCCCCUUUACUACCAAAUCGCAUUCAGACACUCUCACUGGCUGGGAACUUUUUAACUUCAAUACCCUCAGCGCUCCAGACGCUCGAACCCGGUUCAAUUCGUUAUCUUGAUUUAAGUUACAACAGGAUAUCUAAUUUGGUUCCAAAUGAAUUUAGAGAUUGGUGUUCAUCUCUCGGAACUCUCAACUUAAAAGGCAAUAGAAUUGCACAUAUUUAUAAGAACGUCUUUCCAGCAAGUAUGCCUGUAAAAGAGAUUAAUUUUAGCUUUAAUGAUUUAUACUACAUACACCCCCAAUCAUUUUCAAAUUUAACUGGGUCGUUACACGUAUUGGAAUUAUCUGCUACUAUUUUUAGUGGCUACUUUCCUUUUGAGAUUGAUGACACAUUGGAAAAUUUGAGCUGGUUAUCGUUCGACAACAAUGACUUUCAUAUUUUAAAAUUGUCUGACAUUUCAUUGUUUCCAAGCUUAAAGUAUUUGAAUUUAGAUUAUAACAGAAUUGUUGAAAUUUUUGUAGAAGAUGAUUUUAAUAAUGUUUCAUUAGCUUUAAGUAACGUGCGGAUAUCAUACAACUUCCUGAGCUUAAUUCCGGCUAGAACCUUUUCACAUUUGCAAGAGGUAAGAAACUUAGAUUUAUCUUAUAACCGUAUCAAUAACUUAACUAAGAACAGCUUUAGAAACUUGCCCAACUUGAGAUAUUUAUCUCUUGCGGGCAAUGUAAUCGAUUCGAUAGAAACAGAAACAUUUGUUAAUUUGCCAAAGCUGGAGAUAUUGGAACUUCAAGGAAACAACCUAACAUAUUUAUCGCUUUACUCUAUAUGUAAUGUUUCCAGUCCCUAUGUGACAUUUACUCUUAAUGUAAGUAGAAAUAACAUAAAAAAUAUCGAAGGGGAUAGCACAGUUACUAUUAAUAUAUUUGAUGGCUCUUAUAACGACUUUCAUGAAGUGCCAAAUAGUUUUUUUCUUGCUGCUGAAUCCGCUAUAAGGCACAUAAUAUUGUCUCAUAAUAAAAUAACUUAUGUUUCCAGUGAAGCUUUUGCGCAGUCCCUAUACUUAGAAAUAUUAGAUCUACAUAAAAAUAGUAUAAGUGUUAUUAAGAGAAAGUCUUUUACAGAUCUUAUAUCUUUGCAAAUAUUAGAUCUAUCAUUUAAUUCAAUUUAUCAAAUGUCAGUAGAACAGUUUUAUAAUUUACGCAAGUUAAGAUAUUUAAAAAUGGACCACAAUAAUUUAAGACUUCUUCCCAGGGAUGUAUUUAAAAAUACUGUAAUAGAACAUCUAGACUUAAGUUUUAAUGAAAUUUCAUUGUUCCCCGUCACAGCACUCUCGCAUAUUGGGUUCACGCUGCGGUAUCUCGACCUUUCGAAUAAUAGAAUAGAGUAUUUGGACAGUAAUAUAUUUCGCAAUACUCAGUUUUUAUCGAACCUUAAUUUAGGAAACAACUUAUUAACGGUUUUGUCCGAUAAUACGUUUUCAAGUCUUGGGGGAUUACGAAGAUUGGAUUUAAGUUUUAACUCAAUUAAAGCAAACUUUAAAGAGCUGUUUCACAACAUUCCUAAUUUGAGGCAUUUGAACCUGGCGAAUUUAGGCUUAAAGUCAGUGCCUUACCUACCUUUAACAAAUUUGACAAGUCUUAAUUUGACUUCAAAUUUCAUUACCAGUUACAAAGAGACUGAUGUAAAGAGAUUAGUGAAUCUGCGCCAUUUAGACUUAAGCCAUAAUCGUCUUACCUCUUUAGUGCCAAAGAUGUGGGUUCACCUAAAGAAUUUAAAUGUUCUAGACCUGUCAUACAAUCCUAUCGUAAGAAUUACGCCAAAUAGUUUUAAAUCGUUGCAUAAUUUAUCAUAUUUAAAUUUAAACGGCCUAAAAUAUUUAGACAUAGUUGAUAAAGAUUCUUUCCGUCCCUUAAUAUCCUUGAGAUCCUUGCACGUGCAGACGUGGUCUACGAUAAACCAUUCUACAUUUCGUCUCGUGAAUAUCACAUCCUGUCUUCCUUCCUUAUAUAAACUGUUGGUACAUUGGUCGGACGAAGUAAUAGACAAUCAAUUGCAUGGGAUCGAAGCAAGGAAAAUUAGAUACCUGGAAAUUAGAGGAGCCAAUUUGCGAAGGAUAUCAGACGAAGCAUUUGAGCCGUUCGCUAAUAGCCAAGAGAUAUUCAUCAGAAUUAGUGAGACGUCCAUAUCUAAACUACCAACGGCAUUUAUGAAACAUCUCUCGCAAGUCCCUCAAUUAGGCAUUGACGUCAGCUACAAUCAAAUAUCGAGGCUUGAUCCGGCGAUCUUCUACCCCAAUUUCACAAGUUGGAGUCACGUAGCAACAAAAUUGCUUUCAGGUGGUUUAAUACUGACUGGGAAUCCUCUGCGGUGUGAGUGUGAGCUGGCUUGGCUUGGAGCUUGGCUGCGGCGAUGGUUGCAGGAGAAUGAGGCAGGGGGCGAGUUAAGAAGAGCUGUGCGGAGUGCUACUUGUAAAGAUUUAAAUGGACGCCGAAUACCAUUAUUACAACUAAGAGCUGAUGAGGCAGAAUGCCAUGCCAGUGCCCUGUCCAGCGACUGUGCUUCUCCAAACUAUACAAAUAUAAUAUACAUUAUCACUAUCACCAUCUGGACUGUUCUUCUUAGGUGAUAAUUCGUAAUAGUAAACUAGUGUAACUGACUCUUAGAAGUAGUGGCGUUGUAUGUAUCUAAGUUAAAAUCAAUUGGAGUGAAAGUUGCUCUUGUGAAUGGUGCAACACAUAAUUGAAAUAGGAAAUUGUCACGAAAUAAAUUGUAAAAAUAGAUGUAAUGGAAUUGUGUAGGGUAAUUUUUAUACGUUGCAAAUUUUAAUA